AUGGAAUAUUGUUUGUCAUUCUUAUCUAUCUAUCUAUCUAUCUAUCUAUCAUCUUCAUCUUUUUCUCUCUCUGCCUAUCUAUCUCUAUUGUCUAAUCUCUCUUUUUCUAUAUAUUUUCUAGCUCUUUCUGUCAGUUUGUUUCUUUUUGUUUGUCUUUCUUUCUCUCUGUCUUUCUUUCUGUCUAUUUCUAUGUCAUUGACUUUUUCUUUUAUUGUCUGUUUUUGUCUCUCUGUUUAUUUAUCUGUCUGUCUCUGUCUUUGUCUGUCAGUCUUUACCUGUCUCUUUAUCUGCCUCAGUGAAUAUUAUGAAUUUAUGCUUGAUGAAAAAAAAUCAUUCAUUCCAAAGCUGGCCAAAUUUAAAUCUGGAAUCAUCCUUUCCUUUUUCUCUCUCUCUCUCUCUCUCUCUCUCUCUCUCUCUCUCUUUUUUCAUUGGCUUGGAUUACGGCCAUUUGUCUUUAAAUAUCUAUCUAUCUAUCUAUCUAUCUAUCUAUCUAUCUAUCUAUCUAUCUAUCGAUCGAUCGAUCGAUCGAUCGUCAUAUCACGUUGA